CGAAUACAAAAGACCCCCAGCAGACGCGUAAAGACGAAGUUACAUAUGGUGAUCAAAAUACCGCUAAAUUCCACUUGAAAAGCCAAAAUUGGUCAUUUUCAAGUCAAAGAACAAUUCAGCGAGUUAUUUUGAGAUUCCAUUUUAUUUCUGAAGCUUUCCAGUCCCAAAACAUUGGUCACCGUCGCUCCCGCAAGGCAAAACAAUGGACGACAACGUUGGCGUUCCGAGGACGAGCGAAGGAUUAUCGGUAGUGUCUUCGUUAUCUGAAGUCAGCGAGCAGAUCGCCAUCGCCGAGCACAUCCCGACUGAACACGAAACGGCUGCAACUGCUGUCUUCCACACAGGGGAAGAAGCUUCGAGUGGGAAUGUUGGUGGCCAUCCGCAAUGCGAAGUGCAAGUUGUGAAGGUCUCGAAUGGAAAUGUCAGCAUCAGUUUCGCUACCCCCGCUGCAGCAGCGUCACACAUUGCAGCUUCACAGUCCACUCUGCAACCAAUCCAGGAAGUCAUUGCAGACAGCCCUUCUCAUUCAACGAGGUCUUCCAGUCCGAAUUUGCAAGAUUCACAAGCCGUUACGACGAUUCAACAAGCCGAGCAAGAUGAAAUGUCCGGCGCAAACCAACAAGAUGAAAGCUCCCCUUUAUCGCGAGCUACCCCAAAAUCGCCGUGGGAAGGAGCGUUGAACGCAGAGGUACUUAUUGUGCGCUGUCGAAACGAAACAGCUGAGUUGUAUAAAAAUAAGCUGGGAUCUGGAGGCCGUGGAAAAUGUAUAAAGGUAAGAAUUUUUUCAAACUCAACACUGUUUCACUUAGCCCUUAUUAAUUAAGCUUAUCUUAUAGUUAAGGCAGCGUGCAUGACCUGUUUGUGUCGCGUUGUAGGUGGCUUGUUCGAGUUGCGCAUUGUCAAGUUUGUGCUUCAAAACCUCUUUGCUUAAUGCCAAAUUGCCACCCUAUAGGCUUAGUUAACUUGCAAAAUUUUUAUAAGCAGAUCGCUUGUUGCUUAUUUGACCAAAAUUGCAAUUUUUAUUACGCUUAAUAACUAAUUAUCUAGCAGGAAUUCCUAACUCGUAAGACAGAAUAUCAUUGAUGAAAAUAUAUAUGAAAUAUUGUCACAGGAACGUUUAACGAGAUUAAACGACAUAUUGACACCUUGUUCGGAAUUUUUAUCUUUCUUUGGUGACAUACUUGGUGACUGUUCCGACAGAGCAUUAAUUUUAUUAGCAUUUAUUUUAGUAUCAAUAACGAAGCCUUGGCUUGGGUUUUGCUAUUAUGUAAAUUAAAGAUGUGUUUCACUAUGUCUUUUGUAUGGCUGCACGUAAUUUUAUUCCAUUUAAGAAGGAAGUGUUGAAACUACUGAAGAUGCAUCACAAGAUUCCUGUAAAGGCCUCUAUUAAUGUUUAACAACACAGUUUCCCCUAGCUUUUUUAUACAGUUAAGUUGGCUACCCCGGUCAGGAGAGGGUGGGCGGUGAAUAAGUAAGACUCAGGUACAUGUUGUGUUUCAAUUUAUCCUUCUUUCAUACUCAUGGUCUUUCAUUUUCACACUUUAAAAAACUGUGUGGUACGAAAUUUUUGUGGGAGUUUAUUUUUGCAGAUUUGUGAUUUUUUGUGUUUUGUGGGCACUGAUUUUUGCUAUUAGCAGUUUUCCAGAUAAGAGACGGGUCUCGGGUCAAUGACCAGACAAAGAAGGCUUCCUGGCCCGAUAGUUUACAUAUAAGUAUUAAGUUAAGUAUAAUUAAAAGAAUUAGCACGUGGUCUUGGUGUCCUCUCAGAUGGUCUUCAUGAUCCCCCGCUUGAAAGAAUAAUUGGAACGCUGGAUUAGGACAGAUUGGUUUUCCUGCUGGGAAUCAAUUUUUGUGAUUUUCAGAAAGUAGCCAGUACCCAGCAUUGGUAAUAUUUUCGUUUUUUGAGUACAUGUAAUAGAAAUUACAUCUUUCAAACGAUAUUAUGGUGUGUGUACCCUACAGCUGUAUGUCUAACCGGUUUUUUACUGUAUACUGCUCUGUUUCUGAACAAAAGGGACAUGUUGUAAUAUUGAACUGACACGAUUUCUUAUUACUGUAUUUUUGUGUAGCGAAUUUAAGUUAGAGAAUAUUUUCUCUGGAGUAAAUUUUUGUGGGAAAAAUGUUCGUGGUAAUUUUUAUUUGCGGGAACUUAUUUUUGCGGAUGGCUGGAAAAAUUGCAAAAACUAGAACCCACAAGAAUUUCAUGUCACACGGUAUAUAGAGUUUGAACCAAGGAUAAAAUUGAUCAGAAGAGCAGCACAUACUAGAAUGUGCUAUUUAUUUGUCACACAUUCCCUUUGAUAUAACAUGUACAUGUACCUGUACUUUCUAAAAAACAUAUAUAGCCAAACAUUUAUUUAGUGGUCACCCUUGGGAAAUAGAGUGUUUUCACAUGACGUCACAGUGGCCAUAUUGGUGUUCCAAAACAAUAAAACGGUGACUAUGUUGGUGUACCCAGAAAAUCUUCUGGGAGUUGAACUCUUUUCUCAUGUAAAUGCUUUCUUUUGUUCCAAUAAAUUAGCAUAUAUGCUGGCCAUGUGAGUGAAAAUGCUCUAUAACCAACAAGACUUCUGAGUACAGGUUGACCGUUUAAUAAAGGUUUGAUAAGUCUAAGAGUAGAUUAAGAAAAUGAAAAUGGCAACUAAGCAAAGUAAUAUCCCUCACACAACAAGUUGAACUCAAAGUGUUUCUAACUCUUCUUGUGUCAAAAGAAAGGAUGCAAAAGAUCAGAGCACACAAAAAAUCACAUUCAGUAUUUAUACUGUAUUAGCAUGGUACAAGUUGACAAAGUGACCAUUUAACAGAGGUGCAAACAAUAUACAGGCCAUCUGAUAUUACGUGAUGGUGCGAUUUCGCACAAUUGACCUCAAAUCGCAUCUCAUCGCACAUUUUGAGGAAAAUCGCAUAAUUCGUAAAAAAUGCUAAAUUCAAGUAAAGAAAACAAUGAAUUCUAACUUUAAUCCAUUUUCCCAAUCUUAAUGUUAUUUAAGGUGGUUUUCCACUAAAGAAAGCCUUGCAAGGUCGGACAUCUGAAACCUUCGAUCACGAUAUCUGGGCAGUCAUUUUGAUUUCAGAAACAAGCAGUGUGGUCAGCGGUGUAUGGGCGUCAUGUAAUAUUAAGCAAGUGUCCUUUUUCUUGUGCGGGUCAAAUUUAACUAUUUUGUUUUAAAUAGAUGUUUUAUUAUUCCUUUACAUUCAAAUUGCCCGUUAAACAACAUUAAAGUGGUUUUUGUCCUUUGAAACCGAGUAAAACAAUGUAAAUUAGCCCUGAAAAAAUCACAUAAUUUAUCGCAUAAUAGUCCUAUCUUAUUGCACAAUCUUCCCGGAAAAUAUCACACAAUUUCUGAUUUUUUAUCACACCCUAUCAGAUGGCCUGAAUAUAACAUAACUCUUGGGCUUUUGGAAAAGGUAUUAGCGACAGCUUAUUAGUGACUGCUUAAUACAGCUGGUCAGUUUUACAUAAUCAAGGGAUUGUCCAAGGUACUAGGCUAGAGAAUCUCUUCUCUCGAACCCUUGGGGAGUUGGGGCUAGCAGAUGGCUGACACUUCAGACUGUUUUAUUUUCAGGUCUAUGGAAAAAAUCAGAUCAGUGCCGGAAAAUUUAUUGUGACUUAUUAUUACUUCUGUUUUAAUACAUCUCAAACACCCUUAUUAAUCUAUUAUUAUCCUUUAUUAUAUGCUACUUCCUGCACAGUAUCAAGAUCAGUGGAUGACACCCUCAGAAUUUGAAGCUCGAUGUGGGAGGGCAUCAUCUAAAGAUUGGAAGAGGAGCAUUCGUUAUGGUGGACGUACCCUGCAAUCAUUGAUUGAAGAUGGGGUCCUUGUUCCUCAUGCAAUUUCCUGUACAUGUGCAACAUGCUGUGAUGAUGAUACUCUGGUAAGUUCUCUUUUAAAAAAUUGAGUUACCUUUAGUUGUUGCAAAUUGUGUUGACUGAUGUUUGGUCUUUUCAAUGCUAGUGAAAUAAAAAGUCUGACAAUGCUGGGCUUAGAACAUUCACUUUGACAUUCUCUUUUCCCUCAAACUUUAUAGUGUCCAAUGAAUUAUUGUGUUUUGCCAUGAAAGGUGUUUUUAUAUUUUUUACUUUCAUUGUAGUCAAAAUCUUCAUGAUUCAAGGCUGUUCUUUAAGAAAAAGUUGAAGGGAGCCUAUCACUCUGAGCCUGUGAAAUCCAGGGUUCCCAGCAUAUGGUUUCUAUGAAAAAAAACUAUGAUUUUCUAGUUACCCAGGAGCAAAGUUAGGUACCAGGAGCCACUGGGUGCUGAUAGAUCACAGCCUUGUGAUCAAUUGUCCCACAAACAAGCUGUAUUCAUGUAUAGGUUUACUGACAUCAAUAACAAUAAUGCCUUUGAUGUACUUCAGGCUGGACCAAUCAGAUUGUUUGUCCCUUACAAACGUCGUAAGCGAGAAUCUUCACAGUCUGGAUCACCAGUUCUCAAGAAAAGUUUGUCCCUUAGUUCUGAAAACUCAAGACGUGAAGGUAAAGAUUCCAGGUUAAAGAUGGGUACUCUCAACAAGUAAUUUACAACAUUCUAGUGUGUUGUUACAUGUAUUUAAAGAAAAGCCACAGAAUUACUUGCAUACAAAAUAGGAUGUAAAAUGUCCUCUACAUGUAGGGCAUAGACAUGUACAUUUGUGCAACUGUUGAUUUUUAUAAAAAUGAACACGUUGAUUCAGUAUGCAUCACUUGGUGAGAGUGCAAUGUUAAGAUGUUAACUGAAAAAAAAGCCACCUUAUUUGAAAAUGUAUAGCAUUAUUCCCCUGCAAGAUAUUUCCUUGUAUGUGUAACAAAGUAUCUCAAGUUUAGCUUAUGUCAUGUCUUCUUCAUGACAGAUCAUGAUUAAGAACAUGUACACAUACAGUAGUUAGUGUUACAUACAUACAGUAAUACAGUAUGUAAUCUCAAAGAUGUCAAUUUAUAGCUUAAAACAGGCAUGGUGUCCAUCAGGUGAGAGUGAGACUAUUUAAUGAUAAAACAUAUUUUGCUUGUGUAUUUUGCAUGCAGACUAAUUCUUGUCUUUCUUGUUUUGCUGUUUUAGCUCAUGGUUUUAUGAUGCGUUCUGUAAGGUAUUAUAGUAUCUCAUUAAUCUCGCACCCAGAUCUCUUGCUGUCAAAGCCGAGGGCAAGAUCUGGUCAAGUAAGAAAAUUCAAUUUUUCUGAUUGGCUAGAUUGUGAUCUGCCUGAAAGUGCUAUGGUGUAUGAAAUUUAGUCUUUGCAAAGUCUUCAGUUGUGUUCAAAAAAUAUUUUUGUUGAAAAAAUAGUUUUCCGCCUCAAUAUAUUUGUGAAACAGUCUUUUUAUCUUACCUUAAAAAAUGUUUUGAAAUUUCCUCUUGGCUGUGCGGAUAACCAAGUUUUGUCAGAGCAAACUCACAGCUCUAUUAAAUUUGUCAUUAAUUUUAACACAGCCACCAUUUCAAGGUUUUAUUUCAAGCAUGCACUGUUUUAGUGUGUGUCUGUCACAUUCCUGACAGGGGAUCACUUGGAUAAAUCGGGUGUUCAGAUCAUGCCUUUGGCUUCUUUGACAAGAGAUCUGGGUACAAGAUUUAUGUCUCACGUAAACUUAAAUAUUUGGUAAACUUAGUUAAUGAUAGUGCAUUUUUUGGCACUGUGACAAGAAAUUUAUUUUUUGUUUAUAAAAAUAAUAAAAAUGUCAACUUCAAGUUCAUGAUUAUGACAAACUAAAACAAAAACAGAACAGGACUGAAUCUACAUGUGCUUCUGGAGAAAAUUCAGUCCCAACCACAAAUGAGUACACAAAUAUUGUGUUUUGGCUUUUCAUCCCCACAUAUAUUAUGAAAACACCCACCCAACUCACGACUGUUAUGACAAUGCUUUCCAGGUAGAUGUAGACAGAACUUUUUAAAAAUGUUCGCUUUUAAUAUCUGACCUUGCAAAUCUCAAGAAUGUUUCACUUCCUCUGUGUCCUUUUUAAGAGAUUGCAGGAUGACGAGAAAUGUUCAAAUCUACAUGUGUGUAUAUUAUGCUUGUGACAAAUGAAGUUGUAGUUAAUUGGCCUACAUGAUUAAUUUUUAUUGAUAUCAUACUAACUAUUAAAAUCCUAUUUACAAUUAAUUCACUGUAAAAAAAAAACUAUUUCGUCAAAACACUAUUUACAAUUCCUUUCGUUAAAAAGACACUUAGUUUUGAUUAGAAAAAAAAUUAAUUUCAUUAGACAGAAAUUAUUCAAAUUACAAACAUUUCAUUUCAAUUAAAACAAUUCAUUUCGAAUAAAAAAAGAAGAAACUAUUUUCAAGGUCAUAUACAUGUAAUUCAUUUGGAUUUGCAUCCAUAACAAUUUGAGAGGAAAGAAAACUUGGAUUAGAUAAAAAUGGUCCUAAAAUAAUGUACCGAAAACAUCAUUCUAAAUCUCUCUAUUAUCCUGCAGUUGGAAUUUCUUAUUUAUUUCCUUUAUUUGUCCUCAGUGUUGAUUCAGCCUCUGGAGCUUUUGCAUCUAAUGAUGAAGGAGCAGUCAUGGACACUGGAGGUGUGUAAUUGUUUUGGUUUUUUUUUUAUACAUUAAAACAUUAGCGUCCCAGCAUCUUGUAAACUUAAUAAAGCCCUGUUACGCUAGGCAAUUUUCUUUCAACUUGCCACACAAUUUUGUUGUGUUACAGUUUACAGUUGCAAAAAAGAAAAAAAGUUGUUAGUGUUUUAUCACCUGAUAUGAAUGAGACUGUUUUACAUCACAGAAGCAAAGGUGAAUACAGAAUAUUUUGGUAGCCUUAAGAAAUUGAUGAUUUAAUAAUACUCUAUAAAGUCCUGAGUCCAAAACUCAAAACAAAUAUAAAUCAUAUCAUUAUGUGCUUAAAGAUCAGUUCAAAAAUGUUUGCCGAAAGCUUUUGAUCCAGAGAAUUCCCUUCAGAGCACUUUAUUGGGUAAAGAACUCAUUAAAACGGAGUUUGUAUACCUGUUUCUUUCUCAGAUCUGUCAGGUGGUUUGGUGACAGUGACAAGUGCUGUUACAAGUGUAGUGCCACCACAUACCCCAGCCACACCCCUUACUCCCAUGAUGAGUCCCUGUCCCGCUACCCUAAAUCAAGCUGUGCGACCUGGUGAGGCACAGACUAUCACUGUCACAUUACCAGUCACACCCCUUGCAACAGCUGAUGGAAUUGCAGACCAAAGACGACACUGGUGGCAUAUUGAAGAGGUACAUUCUGUCUAAUGAACAGUUAUUUUCCAUGAGUGUGUGUUGGAUAUGAAAUGGUAGAUAGCCAACAAGGUGUGUAGUGCCCAGUUGGCUAUGAUCAUCUCGUAUUCCAUAAGUGUGAGUGAAAUGAUUGUUUUAUUAAAAACGACCACAAAAUAUCGAGAAUUCUUCCUGACUUUAUUUGUAAAAACAACCAAUUUUCAGCUUGUUUUUAAUUUUAAGCAGAGGCAUACAGUUACCAUAUUUGGAGAGCGUGGUAUAGUGGUUAUACCAUGUUGGCUAAGCCAAUCAGAGCUCUAGAAUUGCAUUAUCCAAUGACUCAGUUUUUAAUAAUCAUGAGUAUACCUGGAGAUAAAUCUAGUGAAGGAUCCUCUGUGGCAAUGAGACCACUGAGUAUUCUGAACAAAUUUAUGAGUGACAAAGACAGGUCAUCAUUUUGUACUCUUGUGUAGUUGAUGGUUAUUGGACGUCACCUUUUGGAAUUGGAAUAGCCCACGUUCGAUAUAUUAAAAUUCUAACAAGACUCCGCCAAGGCUUUUUUGUCAUAUUUCUAGUUUGCUUUGGUUGUCUUUGUGCUCGAGUCUCUUUCUGGGAGUUGCAAGACAAUGGAGUUUUGAAAAAUUUUUAUUUGCAAUUUGUCCAUAAAGCCUCGAAGUCAUGUUAGAAUUUUAAUAUGUUGAAUGUCGGCUAUUCUUUCCAUGCUUUGUACACUUAUUAUUUUGUAUUCCUGUUUUUUUUCUUAUUUUGUCAUCCACCUUAAAUCAUUUUUAUUUUUAAUGCUUUAUGAUCAUUUGCUUAUCAAGAUAAUUAUAUAAUUUCUUUACCACCACAUGUGCAACUUUCAGCUUUGCGAUAAUUAUAUAAAUGGAAAUGGUGUUACAGAAAAAAGUAAUAAUGACCUCACUUAGCCUCCCCGCAGACGUCCUUUGGGGUUCGUUUGUCACGCAUUCAUUUCUCCCCACGGACGUCUGCUAAACAGAGUCGACUUUUACGUUCACCAAUCACAGGCCGUUUACAGAUUUUUGUAAAACGUAACCCGAGCCGCUUCUUAAGAUUCGCACGAUCAGUGAGGCUUUUGAUCGCGUGUGCGAGAAAUUUGUAAUUAAUACAGAGUUAAACAAGUAUCAGAGAGAAGCUAUCCUGCAAAUGUUUAUAGCGAAGACCGAUGAGUUCAUAAAUUUGCCGACGGGAUUUGGCAAAUCCCUUAUCUCUCAAGCUUUGCUGCUUGUUUGCGACAUAUUGCGUGGAACUACUGGACAUUACUGUUGAUGUUGUUUCUCCCCUGGUAAAUCUUGAAAGAUCAAUCUACAAAGCUGGAAACUAUUGGUAUUCCUGCUGUAACGCUCAGUGAUAUUAGCAAAGAGAAUAUGAGGGUUGCCGAUAGAGGGACUUUCUCUGUUGUUUACGGAAGCCCAGAAGCUUGGUUGAAGAUCGAUCGGUGGAGGAAAUGUUAGCGAGUGACUUGUACAGUUAGUAUGUGGUCCUUGGUCGGCGACUUUCCCGAGCAUGAUUAAAUAUUUCGUCGAGAAAUAAAAUACAAUGAACAAUGAAAGGUUCAAUGAUUUAUUGAUUAUAAGCAUUCUUUCUUUCUUUGAAGGAGCGAGAUUAAAGUUUGUUGACAGGUAGGUUAAUUUGUCGUUCUAGCUUGAAGUUUGGACUCGGCAGCACCGUGGUCAUGUUUACUUAGCUUGUGAAUAAAUAAAACGCAAUGGGAGGACGUGCCUUUUUGCAGAACAAGUUUUCAGAUAAACGUUUUUCUGCCGUUGGAAAUUGCUGUAGACUUCGAAUUUUUGUUUUACCGACUCUUGAAAAAAUAUAACCAAAUUUUGCGUACUGGUCCUUGGUUCGCGACCCAUGACCUUGGAGGAAUUACAUUUCGCAAAAAAGGAAACGGCCUUUGUUUUCGAAGAAUGCUUUGAAUAUCUUCCCUAUACACGUUUACAAGUUCUCUUUUCUUAAUACUUCGAAUAUAUACAGAGUUAAUAGUAAUUAUUGUUUUCGACCGCGCUGAAAACCGCUCCGCGCUCGUGUGGAAGACUGUUGUCUGAAGUCUUUCAAAGAAAAGCAGAUUAUUUUACAGUCACAACUUCCGAAAAAAUAAGAACGUAAAAGUCGGCUCUGUUUAGCAGACGUCCGUGGGGAAAAUCACAAACGGGACGUCUUAGUGGUUUUCAGGCUUUAGUGGUUUUAUUGGUUAUGGCAUCUGGCCAGUUUCUGACAACUGACAGGUUUACACUUUGUCUUUAUAGAUGGUGAAUUCAUUGUUGAAUACAGCUCAGCAGUUAAAGGGGAUGAUUGAACAUGCCAAGAUUCAAGCUGAGGCGGCUAAAGAUGCUGCUGUCACGCAAGUCAAACUGCAGGCUGAAGCUGAAAAGAAGGAGGUACAGUUGAAACCUGUGAACAGGGGUUCUGUGGGUUGAAGAGACAGCUAGAAAGCAUGGGCAGGUGGGGAGAGGAAAAAGGGAGGGACGGAGGGAGGCUGCAUCCUUCACCACUCUCCCCUGGAGCCUGAGAAAACAGCCAACAUUUUGCGAUGCCACCACUGAUUUCCCUCUGAAAUGUCGCCUGAGAAACGAGCGCAGAAAUUCCAUACUGAUGACGAGUCACUACCCAGAUCAGGUACUGCUUCUGGUUGGUCGUGCCGCUUGUGAAACUUGCUUCAACCAAUCAGAAGCAGUACCCCGAUCUGGGUAGUAACACGUGAUCAGUAUGGAAUUUCUGUGCUCAUUUCUCGGACCUUAGUUAGCCUCGGGUGCUUACUAUUUACACAAAACUGCCGGAUAGAAAUCUUGUGUGAAAGAAUUAAACUAUAAAAUUUGAUGUGUGGGGAGAACAGCCCGCUACAAGGUAUAUCCAAAUCAGUUGGGUAAGGGGGUGUUUACAUUGUACAUGACACUGGGGCGACUUUCGCCCUGGAGCGAGUUCACUCCGGUUCCCUCUCAUGGUUCUAUAUUGGUUUACAUGAUACCACCGCAAAAUGUCAUGCCGGCGUGAGUCACCCUGGCAUGAGUUCACCCCGGUUCUUGUACCGGGGGGGGAAAUCUCACUCCGGUACGAAAUCUCACAGCGGUAUCAUGUAAACACGAAACGACAACCUGUUUCGGUGUGAAAUCGGUCUGCCGGUAGACUGGAACGGGUAGCGCAUGCGUAAUGUUUGCGAUUUUGAGUCACCCGUGUAUUUUAUCAAUAUGAAGUGUACCUUCAAAUAACGGGAUAUGAAAUGACCCAGUCAUCAUGUAAAUGCGAUAAGAAAUGCACUUUGCACUUUUUUUAUGCACUUUUUAUUUGAGUGUCAAUGUAUUUAGCACAAAAGUGCUAAUUGGGGACGCUAUAUUUUACGUCUCCUAAUGGAGACGGGACUGCCAUUUUACGUGGUCAUCCGAGCCACGCGAAGGUCUCGCCGCUUGCAGUGCAAAGAAAGUACCUUCAUUUCUCAGUCAUUUUAAGACCCUGAGUAAUGGUCCGGCCCCGGGAAUCGAACCCGCGACCUCCCUCUUUGCAGUGAAACGCUCUAUCGACUGAGCUAGUCCUGCCACGGUCAAAAAGUCAUCUCGGUAUUAAACUCGCGCCGGUGCGAGUUUUCUCAUGUAAACACCCCCUAAAAAGAGUUGAAGCUUCCCAAACGGAAUGGGGUGAACCAUUUGAAUUUCUAUCUGAAAUUUCCAGUUUUUCCAUGUAAAUGGCAAGUACCCUGGUUACAGCCUGGCACACUUGUAACCAUUGUUUCCUACAUGUAGUCAAACCAUCAUUGUUUUGCAUUAAAACUUAAUGGAAGUGAUCAGACUCUUGGCCCUGUAGAAUAGCAACCAUGUCUUUUGUUAUGAAAACAUGGUACAUCUGUACCUGUAACUGAGCAGGCGUCUUCAUGAUAACUUUUGUGUUUGAUAUUAUUGAAAAAGUUAAUCCAAUUAUACAAAAUCCAUCAACCCUUUAAGCCCCAAUAUCCACAUACAAAUUCUCCUAACUGAUCUCUAUAUAUUUCCUUAAAGAAUAAGUUGAGAGAAUUUGACAAAAGAUCCAAGCAUUUUCUCUUAGGUGAUCAUUUUAUUAAUUCUCAUAACCUAAUCUCUUGACAUUGUACGAAUAUCAUUAGGAGAAAAUUGAUGGUGGUCACUAUCGGGACUUAAAGGGUUAAUUGACCAAUCAUGGCACUGAUCAAGUAAAUAUUUCUGCACACUGUAAGCUAUGAUAAUUUUAUCUGAGGGAGAAAGCAUCGCAUUCAUGUUGCAAGUUUGACCUCUUAACCGCUUGAUUACAAGAAGGUAAUAAAGGACAGGACGCACUAAGUUUUGCCGAAAUUCCUUUUCCAGGCCUUAGCACAAGCUCGCAUGAACUCCUUGAUGCAGUUAUCACGAGCGUUAAAUGAUGCUCGAGUGGAAAAAGAAGCUGCCAUUGCCCAGGCAGUGGCACAGACAAAAGCGGAGAAGUUAGAGGCAGCAGCUGAUGAACGUCAAGAGCAGCUUAUUAAGGUAGACAAGAAAAGUUACCUACUAACAUUGUCUAACCAUAGAAGUAGACUGCAAACGCUUACUGCGAAGGCCAUUUCUUUAUGCAAAUCACAAUGUUGUGGAAGCGGGAAGACCUUCAUAAGUAGUGGUCUUGCCUGUGCACUACUGGUAUUCACAGUACACUUGCUUGGCUUUUUACCCCUGAACUGAGGCCUCUGUCUUUUGGGCAAGUCUGUAUUAAAAUGAUGAAGUGUAAUAUUGUAAAAUUGAAACCAACUACACUAUAGCUUGCAAAUAGGCAAUUAUCCCGAUGACGUCAUUUUAUUACUACGACCAUAAUCCUUCAGGGUUUUGCCCUCUUGUGCAAAUUAGGGCUGUGGUUAUUUAAACCCCGCUGGGAUUAUAGAAAUAAUCAAAUAUGAAAGGAAACACGAAUUGGAUUCUGGUGGUGGUAAUAGCACUGUAGUAGCAGCAGCAGCAGUAUUUUUAGUUGUAGUAGUUGUUGUUGUUAAAUGAUCCCAUCAUUCAAAUGGCCUAUUAAUUUAUAAAUUAGUACAGUGUACGAAGAGGUUCUUUCUAUUGAGGGUGCUUCACAAAAUUCAGAGCCUGGCAGGCCGGACCGGUAAUUUUAUAGUGAGAUAGGCUUUUCUCGAGAGUUUUUACCUAUCACUUCCCUGCAUACUUUUCAGCUGUAAACAAACUGAUCUGGUGGGAUAGUCGUGGUGUCAUGGUUUAUAAUGAAAUUCUCUUAACGACUUAACCGGUCUGGUUAGUCAGUUAAUGUAUUGAACGUUCAGUUUUUUUUUUGUAACCUAUAAUUACAUGUGCUGUCAGGGGCGUAACCAGCUUUCCGACUAGUUGUAGGCCUGGCUGACUUUCAUUUCUACACAACCUAAAAACUGCAUGCAUUACUAGUAAGCACUGACCUUACCAACACUUUGAGCUCUUAAGGUUUUUACCCCACCCCAACAACGCAUAAUUUAUUACAAGCGGUAGAGUGAUCAAACCAAAAAUUGUUGGCUCGGGCCUACAGGUCUAUGGGCUGGCUACGCCCCUAGCUGUGGCGAGUCUAACUCAAGUUUCCUUUUUUUUUCAUUCACCGUACUUGUCGUGUGCAACUAAAUUACAAGGGAAGUUCAGCAUUCCUGUUAAUGAUACCCUUUGUUUGUUUGUUUGUUUGUUUUUCUUUUUUCCAUGUUUUUAACAAAUAACAUUUUAAUUUCUUAGUCCUUCAAUGGUGGCGAAGGUGAAAUACCAAUGGACGAGGCACCCGCCGUUGCUGCGGAAGUGGAGAAGAAUGGAGUAGACUAGUGUCAGGGACGGAGGAGCUGUGAAAAAGACUUUUUGAACUGGACUGACAAGCGUGUAUUGUCAUCGCAUUUAAAGACAAGAGGGGAGUUGUCCUUGAGUUUCAGAGCUGUGACAUGAUGUAGCAGCGAGCCGUUGUUCGACUGUUUUGUCAGAAAGUGGAUGUACAUGUAUGGUCAUUUUUCUUUCACCUCCGAACUCAUUAGAGACCUACGUCUGAGGGUUUAGGCUACCACGACGGCUGCUGCAGAGGAAACCUCGCUUAUAGUUCCUUAAAAUUAUUUGAAAACUGUUUAAAUUUGUCUGCGUUUUGUUGUGUAACUGAAUUGUCCGGGGUGUAAAUUUGAAGAAGUUUAAAGUCCAUAUUUGAAGAGUAAAAUCUACCGUCCUGUCGCUUCACAAAAACUUAAGUUUACCGUUUCACAUUAUUCUUAUAUAAAAAACGGCGAGAGAUGUACCGAAUAUGCAAAAGACACUUGUGCUGAGCGUGACCGGUCGUUUCGAUACCAGCCGUUUCGUUACAAGUUUAUUCAGUCGAGGUGUAAAUAGUUCCACGUACUUGGCGUGAGGAACCGAACAAUAUUCACCCAAAAUGUUUUUCUUGUUCAAGCGCAAGACUGUACUUAGGUCAACGAAAUUUUUGGGCUAUUUUACUGCUUGAGUUCGUAUCGAAACGAUUUGUAUCGAAACGACCGGUUUCCGCGCUGAGGCAUCGUUAUUUUGCUGUCCUCUCUGUUGUGUCGUCGUGGUAUUUUAAUUCAAUUUCUGUACACAAACGGCGGGAGUCCAGACUUUUCAUACCUGUUCUUCAUGAAAGAGUACAGUGAAACCUCUGUUAAGCGGACCCCCCAAUCAAGCGGACAGCCUCUAUAGUAUUUGGCUAAUUUCUAUCAAAGUUCACCUAAGAGUCUUUCACAAAGUACAGCACAGCUUCUUUAGCUUCCUUCUUUGCUUCCAUAACAACAUGGAUCUUAAUCACAGUACAGGGUAACCGCUGAAUGUUAAAACUCUAUUAAGCGGACCGAAGGUUUCACUGUAGAUCUCUAUCUUUAUCGCUGUCGCUUUUAUUCAUAAUUUUUUCCUUUUUCUGUGCACCAAGUGAAAAAAUACUCGCGCUCACUUGAAUUAUUUUGUUCUAUUUGUUUAAAACAAAUAUACGAAUUAUACACAGUUAAUGUAUUCUUAACAAGCACUUCUAGAAGACUUUAGAUUGAUCCCUGACGUUCCUGACUCAGUCAUUUUCUUUAAUUGGCAGUCCCAACAUUGUUCGUCUUUGUCCCGGUGCAGACGCCAUACUUUACAAGAACCGAAUUCAGACAAAUUAAUUUAGUCCCGCUGAAUUAAUUCAGACGCCGAUCUUUAUUCUAGGUGAAAAAAAAUUCAUUCUCUUAGCUUCAAAAUGCAGGUACAUUAACGCCGGUCCAAAGUCGUUUAAUAUUCCCGGCUGGGCCAAACGCGAAGGUUGUUGUUUCGAAUUGAUUCAGUCGCCGUAGUUAACAUGACAUGACUGAACCAGGCCUCAGAGGGAAUGUCUUUUGAUUGGUUGGGGUAAAGCCAUCGCUGGCUAGAAUCUCACGGAGGCUUGUCUUGUCCAGGGGCCACUGCGUUCCUUUUGUAUUACGCUUGUAUUUCUAUGGGAAUAGUUUUCUGUUUAAGGUCUGUAAUACGACACAAUGACGAGAGAAAUCAUUGGAUAGAUUUUUUUUUUCUCGAAAGAAAGUCGUGAGAAUUAAUUUCGCACAGGUCAUGGUUAGGAAAAAUAUGCGAUGAUUUUGCAGUGGGCAAAUUCAACUUAGCCUUUUAAGGUGUUGUCAGUACACAAGUCAUUUUGUCCGAAGUGAUCUUGACGGUUACGGAACGUUACAAGUUUAACUUCACCCGUUUUUAUGGUGCGUCUGUAUGGUCUCUGUUACAUGUAUUUUAUUCAAAGACAGUUGAAGUUCUUUUAAUACUCUAGGCACAGGGAACUGUCAUUUUACGCUGAUCCUUGAGGCUCACACCAGACAGCCGAAAACAUGUUCACAUCUGAUUAUCUGUUAAGUUUAUAAUUUUAUAAGGUCAGUCUUAACCUUUUUUUCUCCAUUUGAAGUGUUUUGCAGUAUGAACAUUUGUACAUUGAAGUUCU